UACACCAUCACCUAGGACGGCUGAACCGGACCUUACCCAACCCCAGCCUCUCAGCAAGUGACUCCAAAUUCAGCCCAUCCAACCUGCAACAAGCUGCUCCUCCACAACUAGAUCCACCGCCUAUUACCGCACUGACUGUGCCUGGCCAUUAGGUUUAUUGAUCCGGACUAUGGGCAUUUUUACGGAGAUGUAAAGAUUUUGCCCCCUCCUUUCUUCAUGGCGAACAAAGCGAUCGAUUGGGAGAGCGGCGGAGAUCGCGACAUGUACGGUCACUUUCAGGACUGGUGUCUGAGGACCUACGGGGAUUCGGGCAAAACAAAGACGGUCACUCGGAAAAAAUACGAUCGGAUCGUGCAGCUCCUUAGCGGAGUCGAGCUCAGCUCGGUUGAUAAUGCCAAAUUCAAAUUUUGGGUGAAAUCCAAGGGAUUCCAGCUGGGGAUGGGCGAUCAGAAAAAGGGUGCUGCCGGAAAACCAGCGGUGUACGUACCAGUAAAAACAACGACUGGAGAUGGAGUCACCGCUAAGGAGAGCAUCUCUCUGAAACGUGUAGCUGUGGUGGAGGAUUUUUUCGACAUUAUUUAUUCUAUGCAUGUGGAAACAGGAACUGAGACUGGGAGGACAGCGAAACACGCUGGUCAGAAACGGACUUACAAAGCGAUAGCUGAAACGUAUGCAUUCCUCCCAAGAGAAGCAGUGACAAGGUUUCUAAUGAGCUGCACCGAAUGUCAAAAACGAAUGCACAUAAACCCAAAUGGUGUGGACUCAAAAGAAAAUGAAAGACCUUCAUCACUGGCUGGGGUGAUAGAUUAUAAUAUGCCCAUUACUGCCACAUACCUGAAGCAGAUGAAACUCCAGUUUAUGUGUGGACCUCAAGAACUGGAUGAAAGUUCAGUAAGCAGUGAUGAUUUUGAUAUGAGCGACACCACAUGGAUUUCAGCUGACCAGUUUGUGAACUCCAGCCCCAGUCAAGAAGAAAAAAUGCACAGCCCUCAGAACCUACAUAACCAGGAAGAUGAUGAUUCAUCUUCAGAAUGCUGCAGUGGGAAUGGCUCCACUACCUUGAAUCCUUCAGCAUCAAACAGUACACAAGGGGGCAGCACAUUCCCGGAAGUAAAUGGAAACAGCUCCACUGGCUUGGACUACAGUGCCAGCCCAGAGGACCAGCCAGUCAACUUGAGUGAACGGCUUCAGCCCCGUCAAGUGGAUAAUGGAAGUACAGACGGACAAAGAAACCGGGUCAAAUACAUUGGAAAAGGCACAUCAGAUGUAAGAUUGAACAGGGAUACAAGAGAAUAUGGGAGUAAGUCUCCACCCUACAGCUCAGGAAGUUAUGACUCUGGGAGAAAUGAGCUUUCGGGAAGUUGUCCUGAGGACCUCUCAAUUAACAGAGGUGGGGAUGAUGAUGAUGACGAUCACGAUGACCAUGAAGACAAUGAGAAGAUUAAUGACUCGGAGGGAAUGGAUCCUGAGCGACUGAAGGCCUUUAAUAUGUUUGUGAGGCUGUUUGUGGAUGAAAAUCUUGACCGAAUGGUUCCCAUUUCAAAACAGCCCAAAGAAAAGAUUCAAGCUAUCAUUGAGUCAUGCAGCCGACAGUUCCCUGAAUUUCAGGAGCGAGCCAGGAAACGCAUUCGCACUUACCUCAAGUCCUGCAGACGAAUGAAAAAAAAUGGCAUUGAACUGGCAUCUCGCCUACAUGCCUCCUCCUUCAGACAGGAGGACAGGGAAGAGGGGGCCUCCAAUUUCUUCAUGUCUACUGUCGGUGGUGCAGCUCUUUCUUCAGCCAACAGGAAGCGUGCUUGCUGGAGGGUGAGGCGGACAUCGGGUUUUCCUUCCUCUGAGCCACGGCCCACCCCACCUCACCUGACCUCAGCUAUGGCGGAGAAUAUUCUGGCUGCUGCAUGUGAGAGCGAAAGCCGGAAAGCAGCAAAACGGAUGCGACUGGAAACCUAUCAGCAGCAGGAUGAACCGAUUGCACUAGAUAAACACACUCAACAAGCGAGGGAGGCGGCCCAGCUCGCGCACACCACUUACUCACUGCCAGCUGCUUCUUACUCACAGGAUCAGAUGUAUAUCAAUGGAGGACUGAAUUACAGUUACCGUGGUUACGGAGGAAUAGGAGGUGGACUGCAGACUACUUUGCAAACUGGCACCAUCAGCAAUGGCCCAACUGAUCUCAGCAUGAAAGCGCUGGCCUCAAAUUCGACUUCAUCCAACACGAGCAACAGCAGGAGUGUACCAGCAGCACAGCUCAGUCCAACAGAAAUUAAUGCAGUUCGGCAGCUCAUUGCUGGCUACAGAGAAUCAGCAGCCUUUCUCCUCCGGUCUGCAGACGAACUGGAAAACCUAAUUUUACAACAGAAUUGACUCCUUUCAGCACAGUCCUAGUGAUAACACCCCACAUUCUGUAGUCACCCAGUUCAAAACUGGAAAUUGGGAGGAGAUUCCUCUUGUUACAUGAUGGCCAUUAACCCAUUGCUGCUAUGGAAGUGAUAAUGCCACCAACCUUUAACCUCAGACCUUCAUCAGGACCGAGUGUGCGAGUGCGUAUGUCUUCAACCCAAGGACCUCAUUCACCAGAGUAUUUGUUUUCUUAGCUGGCAGCACAAACUGAAAGAUUUGAUAUGUGCAAGGACUCAGCUCCUCUCACAGGCAGCUGUAGUUCCUGACCAGUUGCUAUACAAAACCCACAUAGCAUUCAAUUCCCAGGUGCAAUACCUAGUAAUGCUGCUAAUAGAAAUAACCUAGUCCAGGUCUCUGGAAGAACAAUAGAGCAGAGAAAUUAAUCUCUAUUGGUUUUGAGUUCAUUCUGGUCAUUAAUUUAAUUAUGAGGAUAGUAGCAUCAAAUGGUACAUGCGUAUUCAACUAAUUUACAAGAGCAUUUUUAUUACUAGCCUUUUGUUUUGUUCCUAUUGAACUCCCGAUUCAUUAACUAAUCCACUAUCCACAGUGAAGCCUGCAUUCUGUUACUGCUACAACUAAUAGAGGCACUUAUUGUCAGGGAUCCACACACAAAAUGUCCCAGUAUUAAAUUUGAUCUCACAUGGACUAACACAAGGCCAAAAGGUAGGUGUGUUGAUUCAUUCUAGUGUGAAAUUCAUGUACAAGCUGUAAGUGUACAAGGCCAGUGCUGAUGAAAGAUCAAAUAUUUUAAAUAUAAUUAGUGAAGUGCCCUUUCAAAGAUGUACAAACCAUUUUGUGCUUGCCUGUUACAAACUGAUUGGUAUAUCAGAGCAAACAGCUACACAGGUGAAUGCUGCUUCAGUAGUACUAGACUAAGCUUUGUAGAAUUUUAAUGCGUGUUCUGAUUUCAGAAUGUGCCUGAGAAAAUAUAGGAUUUGUAGCCUGUAAUUAUUUUGUACAUAGUGGCAGGAGAAUAGGCUUUUUUUAAGAAACACAUUCUAUAUACAAAGACAAAGCUCCAGUUUUAGCCACAGCAGGCUUCACAUCAGUCUGUUAUUACCAAAAUAUUUCAGUAUAAUUAGCAGCUAAAGUAUAAUGCAGUCAGGACACAACUCAUCUGUGAAAACCAGAGGGUGACUGCUUAGAGAGAAUAGUCCCACCCCUCCGCUUCAACACCACAUGCAGUGGAACUGCAUUCUGUAUCAAAGAAAGUGUAACAAGAAUAUUGUUCAGCAAAUGUAAACACUCUGCCUAAACAUCUAAAAUUUAACCCCAGGCUUGCACAGUUAUAAGCAUAUACUUGCAGAGGUUUGAGCAAAAGAAAAUAAUCCAGUAAACUGAUAAGAAUGAGUAUUGCCUGACUAGAAUGGACUAAAUAAAUGCAACCUGAUGGGGUACAUUUUACAGCCAGUUAAGUUCUUAUACCUUAUUUUAGGUGGUUCUCAAAUUGCAAUUAUAGAUAAUUACCAUGAAGUUACAUCAGAUAACUUUCACUUUAUUCACUGCCAAAUGCUUAAUUUCAAAUCUUGCAGCACUUAAGCUUUUGUCUCUUCAGCAAAUGAAAAUGCACCAUGAAAUCUUUCAGAACUCAGGUAACAAUUUAUACCAAGGUAAAAUUUUUACUGUUUUUUUUAAAAAAAGUGAAUACUGUGAAACAGAAACUGGUUUGUCAUUUUAUACUUUUCUCUAACUCUGCUUUUAAUAGUUACCAUUAGCUGCAAAAAUAGUUGUUCUAGGUCUUUUAUUGUAAGAAAUAAACACUGUGUUUGGAUAGUUUCAAACUAAAUUUAGUUCUUGAAAGGUUAGACUUUCUUCACUGGUACCAAGCUGUAUAAAUAUUUGCAUAAGAUAGCUCUAAGGCAUUAACCUACAUGUUGGUUUGUUUCAUUGCAGUGGUAAUGCUUGGUUUCCUUCAGGUCAAUAAUCUUACUCUACAUUCAGGGAUAAACUCAUUAAUUUUGGAGAAAUAUCUACCUAUUAAGUUUCAAAUGCUAGCAGUUAACCCUUGAUAGAUUAAGUGGAUUUGAUUCCAACUACCACAUGCUACCAUAUGAUGUCAGCUUUCCAAAGAAUUCUAUUGAAACCUGCUUUACUGUGGGAAUCUCUGAAAUUUGCUCUAAGGACUCAGUAAAGGGUGCAUUUUUUUGAAAAGGGCUUACUUAACUACUAUAACUUUUAACCAAACUUUAGUGAAAAACGUGUGCUCUAGAUUGCUGUCUGCAUCAUAAAAUAACCUGACCUUUGAAACAAACCUCAGUUGUACUUUAUAGAAAGGUUGCUUCAGGACUGAUGUUGCCCAGAUCUCAUAUAUGUUGGUUACUAAUUUUUAACCACUAAUGUAAAAAAGCUUUUUAUGAGAUACUUCUACCUCAGUUUUCCCUUCAUUAUAAGUUAACUAUCAGCUGUAGAAUAAAAUUCAGUCUCUCACACACAGAUACACAUAAUUCCACUGAUCCAGGAAAAGAAACCUACUUAUUCACUCUGCACCACCAGCCUCCGUUAAUAAGUUCCUUUUCCACACACCCCACCUCCAGUCACUUAAAACACAUACGAGUAGGUUGUACGUUAGAAUUAGGCUGCACUAGAGAGCGUUGCAAGCGUGCAGUGCAAUUUUGUGUUUUUUUUUAAAAAUGAAUAAUUCUCACUAAACAAACCAAUAAUGAUUUGAGAUUGCAUUUUACAGGGAAACCUUUUAAAGUCCAUGUCAACUUUGGAAAGGUGAUCCUUUUACACACAGUAACAAAUGUAUUCAGGAAAUAAAUGAUCAUUAAACUUGCGAGUGAUGUGCACUCGAUGUUGCUGAUAUUAUUGAUUGUGGUGCAACCAUGCACCUCACACAACUGUUUAUCAUACAGUGAUGAAGUCUUUUUCCCACACCCAACCAUCCAUAAUCUUGUGAACCAAGGCCAAAGCAAUCCAGCAAUAUUCAUUUAGAUAUAGAAUGCCCUGAUAGACAGAUGAGAAGCAUAAACAGAAAUAUUCUUCAACCAGACCUCAACUAUUUUGGACCAAAAAAAAGGAGAGAAGUAGAAAAAAAAAAUCCAGGAGCAGUAGAGGUCCAAAGAGAUUCAGGAGUCCAUGUGCACAACUCACUUAAAUGUAGCGGUCAGGUACAAAAAUAAUCAAAGGCUAAUGGUGUGUUAGCCUUUAUAUCAAGAGCGCUGGAAAAGAAAAGGGAGGAUAUUUUUCUAUAGCUACACAAAGCUGUGGUUAGACCACAUCUAGAGUACCAUGCAUAUUUCCAGGCACCACAUCUUGGAAAGGAUAUAUUAGCCUUGGAUGGCAGCACAGAUUCACCAGAACAUUACAGCAUUAAUAAUUAGGAGCAAUUACAUAAACCCAGCUUGUGUUCCCUGAAAAAAUAAAAGGCUUAGGAGGUAAUUUUAAUGAGAACAUUAAAGAUUUUGAAAGAAAUUGAUAGGGUAAAUAGAAAACAAAACAUUUCUGUUGUUGGGCAAGCCUUGAUUAGAAUAUGUAAUCUUAAGAUUAACCUUUCAGGAGAAAGUUCACAAGUAAAUGGAGUGCUCACCCAAAGGAAGGAGAUGUUAUUAACUUAAUAAUUUAAAAUAAGAGUUUAGUAGACUUUUUGCUAACUAUAGCUGCUACAGGUUAUAGAGCCAAGUCAGGUAACUGGAGAUGGGUUACACAUCAGCCAUGAUUUUAUUCAUUGCAGGAACAUGCAUCCCUCCUUGUCUAAUUCUGUUCCAAACUUACUUCUCAGUAUAGCACCUUUUAUCAAACACAUUCCUUGCUGAAAGCUUUAAAUACUGUUUCCACAACAUUUCUUAGGCCAAUUAGCCUUCACCCAUUUUUACUGGUAUCUGGUAUAUCUUAAAAGUUCAUUUUUAAGGGAAAAAAAGUACGCUUCAUACUGAAAAUGCUACCAUCCUCAUAACAGCCCAGUUGUACAGACCAAUGGCAUGAAUGGAUUUUGAUUUGAUGAUAGUCACGACUGUAAUAGUUAAGUUAAAAGGCAAAGAACGCUUAAUAUAACCUCAUUCAUAUACUUUUGGGACCUCUUUCAAGCCGAAGAGCAGGUGAUGUUCUCUGCCCUCUGUUUUAAGCUAAUUGUCCUUUUAAAGUGCUUUGUGUGUGACACAGAGUUACUUUUUUAUAAAAAAAAGGUGGGGGGGGGGAAUGUUUUUUUUAAAAAUGUACAGGAUGUUGCUAAAUUUUGUUCUGUGUGGGUUGUUGUCCUUAGCAGUUCCAGAAAAGAGACAGAAAAAAAAAAUAGGCAAAAGACAAUCUUAGCCCCCUUUGAUGCUGUGAUUAACUUUUUCAUAAGUGCAGCUAUUGAGUAAAAUUGGGGGACCACUAAGUAUUUUUCAGCCAUAACUUAAAGUCACUGAAAUGUUGUUGCACAAUGAUAAUGAAUAGUUCUGAGGACUGUGUGUAAUUAUACAGUCAUCAUUCAAAGAUCUUAACCCUUUGAGUGUUGAUUUUUUUAAAAAAUUCUAGCUGUUAGGCUGUUUACUUUGUUGAUCUACUGUACUAUUGCACCCUUUUGCAGAAAAUGCUGACCACAGAGAAGACAUUUUCUGUAUGGAAACCAUUCCAAGUGACACUGAACAAUGUUAACUGUACUGUUGCAAAUGUUCCCUGUAGAAUUGAAAGGAUUAAUAAGCAUUAACUGGCUAGAAUUUGAUGUGUCGUACAGUUGCAGUCAGCAAAUUAACUGGAUGUUGUUAUUAAACAACAAAAUAGCGGUGCUUUUGAUUUAUUUUGACGGGGAAGAGGAGAAUCCGGUUCCUUAACUGUUUGUACCUAAUACCAAUGUGAACUUUGUAUUUCCUUCUGAUUUUUGACUCAGUGAAAGUGUGGCUGUUUACAUGUACAGAUUUUGCGAUUUUGUGUUCUCCAAUACCCUGUAUUAAUGCUGUAGAAAAAAACAAAAUAACCCAAAUUCUUUUAAUAUUUAUUGCAAUAUACACAGUGAAUAUGUUUUCCAAUACAUGUGGCUAAUUAUUUUGAUUCUUCGUGUUGAUAUACGUAAAGCAAAUGAGUUUUUGUAUUUUUGUUUGCUAAAUGAAUAGCAUGGGCAGUUCUACUUACAUAUCACUUUAAUUAUGAACCAAUGAUCUUGCUGGAGCUGUCAGUAUGGUGUCAAACUAGCAAAAUGCACUGGUUUCAUUAUACUCUGUGGAAUAUCUUUGUACUAUAUACAUAUAUAAGAUGGAGUACUAA